AUGGCUCGUACAGCGGCAUGGAUGAAACAUGCUUACUUGGGACUUCUCCCAGCUUUUCCGGCUGGAUACCUUAUCGUAAACGGAUUUCGAGGUGACCAAUUUUGGACGAAACCAUAUGUGGAUCGAAGCCCUUUUCCUCCUACUGAGGCUUUGAAAGACCUUGUAGAAUCUGAGCUUGACAGAAUCGGCGAUGUUAAGAAAGCAAAGGUUAGAUGUAGUAACUUGAUAAAUUCGAUGCUAUGUUUCUUGCUGGAAUAGUG